AUGACCACUCCGCCCUUCCGCGUGAAAGCUUUGUUUGACUAUACCUCCCAAGAAGAAGAUGAUCUAAAUUUCAAGGGCGAUCAAAUCAUCACUGUAACGGAGGAGGAAGAUGCAGACUGGUACUACGGUGAAUUUGAAGACGAGAGCGGUGCAAAGCAGGAGGGUUUGUUUCCCAGGAAUUUUGUCAAGGCGUUCGAACCUGAGAGGCCCCCUCGUCCUGCUAGAAGUGGCAAGACAAAACGAGAUGCAGAGCCACAUGCGUCUGAUGAUCACGGAGCGUCAGUAGCUCCAACGCCUGACGUCUCGUCACCAAGAGCUCAACCUCCUUCGUCAUCGGGUCCAGCACGCCAAACUGCAGACUCUCGUCGGGAUCAGGGGCCCGCAGCUGACCCUCAGAGUCCGAAAGAUGCAGUGUCAGCCUCUACUGCUGAUGUCGCUGCUCCAAAACUUCCGCCUGUAAACCCGAAACCUCCGCCUCCUGCGGCUGAGAAGCCUUCCUCGAAUGCGUUUCGUGAUCGUAUAAAUGCAUUCAACAAGCCCGCUGCGCCACCUGUCACUCCGAUGAAGCCUGGCGGCCUGGGGGCCAGUGGGGGCUCUGGCUUUAUCAAGAAACCAUUCGUUGCGCCUCCACCCAGCAAGAAUGCCUAUGUACCUCCUCCUCGCCAACCACCACCGCAAAAAGGGUAUCGUAGAGAAGAUGAUCCCGAGCUUUCGAAGACAAGCGAAACCGCCUUAGACGAGAUAAAUGCUCCGGCGACGAGUUCCGUUUUGGACGAAUCAGAGCAAGAUCAACCCAAGCCCACAACCUUGAAAGACCGAAUCGCCCUGCUACAAAAGCAGCAAAUGGAGCAGGCUGCCAGACACGCAGAGGCUAGCCAAAAGAAGGAGAAGCAGAAGAGACCGGCCAAGUCAGCAGAUGACGAAGAGCUUCCAGUAGACCAUGACGAGCAGGAGACUGAAGUCUUGGAAAAGGUCGAAAGCGCCGAGAAUGCAGGAAAGCGGUCUAUAGAUGCAGCUCGUAGACAUCGGAAAUCGAAAGAAGAGGCUGCAGUGACAAGCCCAAGGGCGGUGUUUACCGGAGAAAUAUUGAGUGACGGAAAUGAGGCAGAUCAAUCUGGAGCUGGUGAUACUGAGGACGGGGAGGAAACGUCUACAGGCAAGGAUGAUAGUGACGGAGGGGGGGAGGAAGAUGAAGAGAAUGGCGAAGACGAGAUCGACCCUGAAGUCAAACGGCGAAUGGAAAUUCGCGAACGUAUGGCAAAAAUGAGCGGAGGGAUGGGCAUGGCUGCAAUGUUUGGCGCUCCUGGUGGGCUCCAGUCUAAGAGCUCAACUAAAAAAAGCUCCGGGUCAAGUGAGCGUAAAGGAUCUGGUCAAGCUUCACAUGCUACAGACAGCCCAGCAGCAUCCACAGUAGCACCCGUGCCGAUCAUGCCUGACUUACACGAAGUUCAAAGUCCUGACCAGGCGGUAGGAGAUGUCGGUAAAGAAGAUGAUGGAGAAGACGAAGAACUUCAGCUAAACAGCUUUAUUCAAGGCCGCAACCCAGAGCACGUUCCAGACGUUGAAGAAACCCACCAAGAGCCACUUGCGCCGACAAGAUUAUCAUCAGAACGCUCCAUAGUGCCGCCGUUACCACAAGCACGGCCGGUGCCUCGGCCACCACCUUCAAGAGAGCUACUCUCUCCAAGUGAGGGUUCAGCUUCCGAUGAUGAGCUAUCAUCCUAUGAUCGCAGGACCACUGGAGAAGACAGUACCCAACCGCUGGGCAAAGAAGGUCCUCCGCCCCAACCAAAGAGCCCAAUCCCUUAUCGACCUCAACCACCGCCGUCCCGUCCGUCAGAAGAUACCGUACAUGAAACCGAAAAGUUCCCUUCGAUGUCUGAUGAACCACCCAAGCGCACAAUCCGAGCACCCAUAGCCCCUGCUCCGAUUCCCCCAACAUCACCAGCGACGCAAAACAGGGCACCACCUCCACCACCUCCUUUAGGGAUUCCUCCAAGGAGGGCCGCUGCGGGCGAGAAGUUUCCUGUUCACGGCUCGACAACACAUAAGCGGCGUGACAGCGAUGAAGAGGUUACUGAAUAUGACGGUGACUAUGACACAGACAUUGCAUCUGGAACAACGCAUAAGGAUGCACUUAAAGCGCAUACUAAAGCUCCAAGCUUCGAGGAUGAUUCAAUAACGGAAGAAUCUUCUUUACAUCACUCCGGCCUUCCUUCGAUCGGACCUCCCCCAGCAGCUGCACCGCGAGCUAUCCCGCCACUUCCGCCUUCGGCAUCUCACCCCAAACGACAAUCAUCAGAUAUGCCUAGAGGGGCUCCACCGCCCCCGCCUCCGCCAAAGCAAACUGAUGCCGAUGAAGACUACGACCCAUAUAGAUACACUGCGCCUGUGCAUGGUCUGUCAACUCCUCAACGUGAAGACAUGCAAAUGACAUGGACUCCAACCGUAGAGGAACCUGACCCUGCAUUCUCCUCUCCAUCUUCUCAACACCGCCGUGGACCUUCACUAAAUCAAUUACAUUCGCAACAAGCACAGUCACCUAACAUGUCAGCACCGACAAGCUCCCUGCCCCGCCAUUCAUCGGAUGUCCAACGAACGAGCACAAGUAUCCGAAGGUCGACCGAUGUAGGACGGCCAUCUAAUGAAUACUUCAUGGCUGGCGAUGUUGAUCUCGCCCAAGCAAGUCAGUGGUGGACCAGAGCAAAUGCACCCCCACAGGCUUUCCAAAAUCGCCAGGAUAUCAUCUUCGAAGUCGACGAGAACAGCACGACCAAGCGAGGAGGCAAGAAGUCUAUCGCAAAGGAAGUCUACGUUCUAUAUAUGGACUAUUCACAGACUAUAGUAAGUGCGCAUUAUGAAACUGCGGAUCCUAUCACACCAAGUGUAUUGGAGCAACGACACGAGCCACCACCGAGAAGUCCACGCCAGGAUGAAUUAGAAGGUGCUCAUGGGAGCAUUGGAGUUAGACUUGCGGAGAGCGCUAAAUCAAAGGAAGGCACUACCAUCGGCGAAGGCUCCCCACACUCCCUUCCAUUAGAGAUCAUCACUUCCAUUCCAGACGCUUUGAGACCUGUCGGUAUCCGCGCCUAUGGCGCGGUAGUAUACGCCAACCUUGCCAAUGCUUCUGUGCAACAGCACGACGAGAUUCGCCCAGGCGAUGUUGUGACGUUUCGCAAUGCGAAAUUUGGGGGUCACAAGGGUCCCAUGAAAGCCAAGUACAGCCUCGAGGUUGGUAAACCAGACCACGUCGGUAUCGUGGUCGAUUGGGAUGGAACGAAGAAGAAGCUCCGUGCCUGGGAACAGGGUAGGGAAAGCAAGAAAGUUAAGGCGGAGAGCUACAAGCUUGGGGACAUGAAGAGCGGGGAGGUCAAGGUGUGGAGAGUGAUGGGCAGAUCGUGGGUAAAUUGGGAGGGUACAAAUUAA